GUGUCCUGUGAAACCGAGUAACGGUCCCUGUUAGCUGGAUGCUAACUGCUAACUGCUCUCUACUGUAACUUUAGCCUGUUGCUAACAUUAGCCUCCGGUGUGCAGUUUAAGGCCGAUACUGAGAGUGGGACAUUUGAGCUCCGGCAGCCAUAACAAAGAGGAGAGGAGUUCGAUGUGUGUCGGGUUCAGGGUCCGGGAGCUAACACGGUACCACGGCUCUGCCCGCUAGCUGGUUGCUACUUUACCCCGCAGUUCAAUGGCUCAGCUGCAGCGUUAGCCGGUAGCCUCUGUCUGUCAGCAUGGGAGACGUUAACGGGGAUCUGAACGCCAACUCCCGGUACCGGAGCACCGGCGACCCGCAGCUGGACAAGGCGGUGCACCAGUGGUUGACCUGGGACAAGAACCACCGGACCCGGGCUCAGCUGGAGUCUCUGGUGGCGGCGGGUUGCCUGGGCGAUCUGAGGAAAAGGCUCUGCAGCAGGAUGAGCUUCGGGACGGCGGGACUCAGAGCCGCCAUGGGAGCCGGAUUCAGCCGGAUCAACGACCUCACUGUCAUCCAGUCCACACAGGGUUUAUACUCGUACCUGUCCAGGUACUGUGCAGACUUAAGCAGGAGAGGAGUGGUUGUUGGUUUCGACACCAGAGGACAGGAGGAGAGUGGCUGCAGCAGUCAGCGUUUGGCGAAGCUAACAGCUGCUGUGAUGCUCAGCAGAGACGUUCCUGUUCAUCUUUUCUCCACGUUCGUCCCGACGCCGUACGUGCCGUACGCUGUGAGGAAGCUCGGGGCAGCGGCCGGAGUGAUGAUCACAGCCUCACACAACCCCAAAGAAGACAACGGAUACAAGGUGUACUGGUGUAACGGUGCUCAGAUCUCCUCACCUCAUGACAAGGAGAUCCUGCGGAGUAUCGAGGAGCAGCUGGAGCCCUGGAGCUCCUCCUGCUGGGAUGAGGGGCUGGUGGAGAGCUGCUCCCUGAGGACCGACCCCCUGACCAAGAUCAACAGCUGCUACAUGGACGAGCUCACCUCCCUCUGCUUCCACAGGGAUCUGAACAGAAUUUGUCCAUUAAAGUUUGUCCACUCGUCGUUCCACGGUGUCGGACACGUCUUCGUCCAACAGGCCUUCCUUACCUUUGGCUUCGCUCCGCCGAUCCCUGUCCCUGAGCAGAAAGACCCCGACCCCAACUUCUCCUCUGUCCGCUGCCCCAACCCCGAGGAGGGAGCGUCGGUCCUGGAACUUUCACUUCUUCUGGCAGAGAAAGAAAACGCUCGGAUCGUUCUGGCGACGGAUCCUGACGCCGACCGUUUGGCUGUAGCAGAGAACUCUGACGGGUGCGGUUGGAAGGUGUUCACAGGUAACGAGCUGGCGGCUCUAUUGGGUUGGUGGAUGUUCUUUAAUUGGAAGGAGGCUCAUCCAGAUCCUGCAGACUCUCAGAAGGUUUACAUGUUGGCCACCACAGUCUCCUCCAAGAUCCUGCAGGCCUUCGCUCGCAUCGAGGGGUUCCACUUCGAGGAAACUCUUCCUGGCUUUAAAUGGAUCGGGAACAGAAUACACGAACUCUCCAAAACAGGAAACACAGUCAUAUUCGCCUUCGAAGAGUCGAUUGGUUUCCUCUGCGGCAGUUUGGUCCCUGAGAAAGACGGCGUGAGCUCGGCGGCGGUCGUGGCUGAAAUGGCGGCUUACCUCCACAACAAGAACCUGAGUCUGAACCAACAACUGCACAACAUCUACCAGACGUAUGGUUAUCACGUGUCUAAAACCUCCUACGUGGUCUGUAACGACCCCCCCACCAUCCAGAAGAUCUUCAGCCGGAUCAGAAACUUCGACGGCGAAGGUUCGUACCCGAAGACGUGCGGUGGCGAGCAGAUAGUCCACAUCAGAGACGUAACCACGGGAUACGACAGCAGCCAGCCCGACCUCAGAUCUGUACUUCCUGUGACGAGGAGCAGUCACAUGAUCACCUUCACGCUACAGAACGGCGUCGUGGCCACGCUCAGAACCAGCGGCACCGAACCCAAAAUCAAAUUCUACACGGAGUACUGCGCCUCCCCGGGGAACAGCGAGGCGUCCCGCCUGGAGGAGGAGCUCAGGAAGAUCACAGCCGCUCUGCUGGACGAGUUCCUGGAGCCUGAGAGGAACAACCUGAUUCGCCGCUGCGUCUAGCUCCGCCUCCCCCCCCCCCACAGCUGCUUCCUGUUGCUGAUGUCACAUCCUGUCGUGUUUGUAGACGAAUGAGAGCAGCCGCUGCUUCAACGCUGUGGUAUCAAUAAAGUUCAUGUUAGACACUAAAACUGAUAAAUCAAUAUCUAGUUUGGUGUUCUGUCAUUGAUCACCAUACAGCAGAGAGCAUCAUGGGUAAAUGACCAAAGAGGGGUUCUUUCACUGUGAUUGGUUAUCAGCUGCAGGAUCAAUAAAGUAUUAGCAACAGAAAUAAACAACCAAAAACACCGUAAACUAGUUUAGUCCUUAUAUGGAAGUUCAUUCAUGACUAAACAGAUUCACAUUAAUCAGUCAGUGAUUGUACGGAGGCCUUUUGCUGCCGUUAGAGAAUCUCCUUAUUUUAAAAAGAUUUUUCUUCUUAUUACAAACCAAAUGAUUCAGUUUGAAUAUCAUCUCGUUAAGUUAAUGUUGUUACAGUGAGAUAUUUGUUUCUUGCUUUAAUGAGAGAUGUUUAUUUUGUGUAAUAAUGUUAUUGUUAAUAUUUUCAGGCGUUUUCUAUAUUUUGAGUUUCAAACCUACGGAGCCCCUAAAGUCCCAUGAGGUGAUUUUAAUUUUAUGCUACAAACAAGUUAAUAUCUUUAUACAUCUGUAAUAUUGUUAUUAGACCACCAUAUAGUGUCAAAUAGUAAUAUUAUAAUAUAACAAUAUUACAGGUUACAGGUUGUACAAGUCCACUGUUACGGAGGUAAAUAUAAUAAAUAAAAUAAAAGUUAACCAUCAGAUCAACCUCUGACUUCCUCUCCCCGUCUCUGAUUGGAUGGUUCUUGCAUCGGUGCACUCUGGGAAAUUGCUCUAGAGUUUAAACCUAUUUGAGUUUAAACUGUUAGUUGAUGAAUUUAUUAAUAGAUUCACUGAAAAUCGUUUUACAACAAUUUUGCUUUUUGAGUUUGUGACCUCUGACCUCUGUUUUGUCCUGACUGAGCUUCCAUAUGUGGACUGAAAGGAGAAUGUCUCUGUAUCUUCUUUCUUUGUGUUGUUGAUGUUUCCCCUGACUCUCUAUGGAUGUUAUUUAUUUUUAUACUGGAGAUAAAAGAUAUUUAUGUGCCGGUCGGCGUCCAGGCGACGAGACGCUGUCAAUGCUGAUUUAAGGAUUUCUUUUUGUUUUCGGUUUGGUGUUUUGGAACGAGGACAGAGUGAGACCUCCGUGUGUGACUGCUGUUAUUGUAGUUCUGACAGUCCGCCAAUAAAAACUGUAAAAUGUG